AUGUCGUCUGAGCUCACGGUUGUCACUUACGAGCCGCCGCGCGAUGCCAAGAUGCCAAUGACUCCUCGCAAUGCCUCCCGAUACAAGAUGCAAGCUGUCUUGAACGGGAAAGUUUACGACUUGUCUGAUGGCAAGCUCACGCACAUGCGGUACGCGCCCUCGUGCUAUGCCAGCGAGAUCGUCUCGAAGAUCGGCCAGAAGAUGGUUGGCUGGCCUGCGGACGUCCCGUUCACCGACCUGAGCGGCAUCGGCGGCGGUGUUCGAACGCUCGACAACCUCCUCGCGCGGUGGAACUUGCCAGAGGGGCACCCGGAGAAGCUGCGCUUCGAGCCGGCCUCGCGCGAGGACCGGGAGAACGCCGCGCGCGACCCCGACAGCGUCCACCCCACGCCGCACUACCUGCCGGAGCUGAGAAGGAGGGCGGCUGCUGCGUCGAAGAGGGCUGCUGAUAGCGCUGUCCCUUGCGACGUCCGCCACCCGGUCGACAUGGGGUAUGUCGGUACCGAGCUGACGUCCACGGCGCCGCCCGAGCCCAAGGCGCCUGGCAAGAGGCGGCAGCGGCGGGACACCGGGGGGCGGCGGCCACGGGCGUCGGAUACGGAGACUCGCGUGCGAAGACGGCUGGAGAAGCGUGGGAUCACGAGCAUGGAGUGCGUGCUCCCAGGAGUGGACAAGGGUGCGGGUGGUGUGGGCGAUGGGCGGGCGUCGAAGCGGCGGCGCUUGGAGGAGCUCCCGGUGGAGGACGCGAUUACUAAGUUUGACUUUUCGGUGGACUUUGGUGGUACGCGCGCCGACCCUGACUCGGCGCCGAUUGAGCCUGCAUAG